AUGGUACACAGGAAACCACAGCCACACACAUCCAGAACGUGGGUCGACUCGAUGGGAAGGAGUCAUUUGAAUGCUGGAUUACCUGAGUGGCCCUUUGCUGCAGUCAGAUACAUGCAAAUUCAAAUACGAUCAUUUUAG